UGGUCCUUAUGAAUAUGAACUGCAUUUGAGGCCAGAUUUAUAUACAAAAAAGUAUACCCAAUGGUUUUACUUCAGUGUACAAAAUGCACAGAAUACUGAUAGUUACAGAUUUACAAUUGUAAAUUUCUAUAAGUCUACUAGUUUAUUUGGUCAAGGUAUGAGACCUUUAAUGUACAGUGAAAAAAUGGCCAGACUUACUGGUAUCGGUUGGAGACGUGUUGGCAGUGAUAUUAGUUAUUAUCAGACGAAAUUUACUGAACCUACAGAAAAUGGUUUAUCAUCAGUGAGAAAAUUCUUAUCAAAUUCUAAACGCUCUGCAUAUUCAUUAACUUGGAAAUUUAAUUUUCCCUAUCCAAAUGAUAUUGUCUACUUUGCUGCAUGUUAUCCUUACACGUAUACACAAUUACAAGAGUAUUUAAAUGAAUUAGCAAUGAAUUCAAAGAUACGAAGAAUAUGUCAACAGACAACAUUGUGUUAUACACUUGCUAAUAAUCCUGUUCCUUUAUUAACUAUUACAGAACCAUGUAAUAAUAAUGAACAAUACACCGGUAAUAAA